AUGGGGCUUCAGCACAAGUCAAUCAGACCAUCUUCGCCACCAAUUUAUCCCAUCGAACUUCACCCUUCUGCCGCAAGCUCUGAAAGAUGGCAUCUUGGCUUCUGUAACUGGAAGUACACACCAAUCAAGCGCGGUUUCGACAGCUUUUAUGGCUACCUGUAUGGCUCCAAAGACUACUAUCUACAUGAUGCAGUGGACACGUUUGAGCCAGAACUAAAAGUUUCCUCCUGGCUAAGGUCAGGGCCUCUGUCCCUGAUUAGUUCGUCGGUGCGUUUGAGCAGAGAACUGGAUAAGAACGGCUUUGGGUUCUGGAAUAACGACACAGUGGAUACAACUGUUGUGGAUAGAUACGCUACGGAAGUAUUUUCAGAGCAGGCUGUGAAGAUUAUAGAGCGGCACAACAAAAGCACUCCCCUUUUUCUAUAUCUCGCUUUUAAAAGUCCACAUGGCCCUCUUCAGGUUCCAGCCCGGUUUGAGAGAAUGUACAGUCGCAUCAGAAGAAAGGCGAGGAGAAAGUACUGUGGAAUGGUGUCGGCGCUGGACGAGGCGGUGGGAAACGUGACGAGAGCUCUUCAAACGGCUGGGAUGAUGGACAACCUGUUACUCGUCUUCACUUCCGACAACGGAGGUGCUGUCUACGAGGGAGCUAAUAACCUGCCACUUCGGGGUGCCAAAACCACCCUUUGGGAAGGAGGUACCCGCGCUGCUGCCUUCGUGUUCAGCAAGACCUUACUGCAGAAGAGAGCAUACACGCACACAGGACUCUUUCAUGCUGUCGACUGGUUCCCGACCAUGGCACACGUGGCUGGUGUCCCUCCGAGUUUGACUCGCAAUCAAGAUGGCGUCAACCAGUGGGACAUGCUGAGCAAGGGUCGACAAUCGCGUCGACAGGAGUUCCUCUACAACAUCGACGAGCUUGACAAUAAUGCUGCAGUUAGACUUGGAGACUGGAAGUUAAUUGUGGGUCGACCCGGCAUCUACAACAGGUGGUAUCCUCUAGGGGACACCAAAUGGGCUAAUCGGACGGAAUUCAAGCGUGACAGAUUCACGGACAACUCGACUUAUCUUCUUUACAAUAUAAGAGAGGAUCAAGAGGAACGUAAAACAUGUAUGGAAGUCAACCUACGGUAGAGGCGUCCAUGUUGGCAAGACUUGAAAGAUGGCGGCAAGAAUUGGUGCCAGCUCAAGACCCUUCUUCCGACUUGCGAGCAAGCCCCGAAAAAUUUGGGGGUGUGUGGAGUCCUGGAUGGUGUUAACAAGUAUAAUUUUUGUUAAAGUCUAAUCAUCAACUUCUCAUUAUGUAUCAUUAAGAUAUAACUGACUGCACAGUUACAUGCACUGUCCAGUGAUAAAUGCUUUUCUAAAAUAAGCUUUGUUUUGCAACGAAAACAACUUACCACCAGAAUGAGGAUGGACUGUUUUCAUUAUACAUGCUAACAUACAUUAAUACACUAAGUUGAAGCUAUAAAAA